AUCGACGCCAAACCACAAUGUAAGGAAAGCUGGAGUUCUUUCCCUUGAAGACGAUAGGUGGCGCUAAAAGUUAAUUUCAGCGUGGUUUCAGUAUGAAAGAAGAAUAAAAGAAAGAGGCCGAAAACCUAAUACGCAGCAACAGACGUUUUUCGUACCUGUUGAAAAUGAGUACAAAGCUGUAUGUUGGCAAUCUGCCAGAGACCUGUCGUAAGAUAGAUCUGGAGACUGUGUUUGCAAAGUAUGGAACCGUUGUGGAGUGUGACAUUGUACAGAACUUUGCCUUUGUGCAUUAUGAAAAGGCAGAUGAUGCAAAAGUGGCCGUGGAGAUGACCAAUGGUAUUGAUUUAAGUGGCAGUGCCCUAAAAGUUGAGCUGUCACAUAGCAAGGUCCGACAGAGACCUGGGAUGGGAGGGAAAGGAGACUGCUACAGAUGUGGGAAGGAAGGACACUGGUCCAAAGACUGUCCAAGGGGACCUGUUCGAGGUCGUGGAAGAAGUCCUGGUGGACCAAGGAGAGGAUAUGACCCCUAUGACAGGCCCUACAGGGAUCCCUAUGCUGAUCCUUACUAUCGUGACCGUUACCUACCGCCACCUCCACCCAUAGACAGAUACAGGCCUUAUGCUGACCCCUAUGAUCGACGCCCCCUUCCCCCACCACCAAGGGAUCCAUACUACAGAGAGAGGGACCCGUACGAGAGACCGCCUCCGGAGUACUAUGGGAGAAGGUCACCACCCCCAAGGGAUGCUUAUUACGACAGCUACUAUGCCCGUAGUCGGAAUGUUUCCAAAAUUGGUAAAUCCCAUAAUUACCCUCCACCACAUCAUCUGUCAGAAGCGAGUCGGUCGUCUCCUCCGAGAAGUCGCGUGCCUGGUCCAUACUGACAUAGUCGGGUGCAAAGAUUUAACGUGAGGAAGAAUUUGCGAUGAAUACACCAGGAGUUUGCGGAAAGGAGCACCGAGUGUUUAAAUACAUGAACUCUUCAUAACGGACUUAUUGCGUCUCGCACAGCUAGCCCUUCACACCAGUAUCCAUGAACAAUUAUUACUUCAUGCUUUUUACAGUGGCGGUCGUGGUAACAAUUUCGAUGGAUUCCUUAACUCGCCUUUCAUUACUGAAUUUAAAUGUGAAUCAUGUUGUUACAAAUCGCCAGUCUUUUCCUCAUUAUAAUUAUAUAUUUCAUAUCAAUCGUGUUAAUUUCUGUUAAUAGUUAUGUGUUAAUCACGCUGCGUUUUACUGUAAUAAAUCGGUCAUCAGUGAUGUUUAAUAAUA